UACUAAAAAUUUCACUUUUGGUCACUAAAAAUAUUAUAGUUAUUCAUGAUCACUAGGAUUAGUUAAAAACUUAAAGAGAGUUGUUAUUUUCCGUCCGGUAAAUUACUAUUUGUCGCCCACUAUUUUGAAGCAAAUGGUGUUUUUGCCUUCGAAGCACAAUUGUCAUUCGCCAGCAACAGUUUCUGCCGACUGUAAAUCUCGCCGCCACAAAUCUCCACUGGACGACCUCAAACCCAACUCCUCCACGACCAAAACCUCACCUACGAUAGCUUCCUUCCAUCUUUCCGGAACCCCCGCCGACUACAAAUCCCUCCAACCACAAAGCCAAUUAGCGUUGUCGUCCAACUUGAUCAGGUACUGGUCCGACACCGAGGUUCGGUCCGGAAGCCAUGGUCAGGCGGCGGCGAUCAGAGGGUUAGCUAGCGUUCAAAGCCAGCGAUUGGAUGGUGUGUCUCGGUACGAUGCCAGCGUUCGGACGGUGAGGUUUGGUCCGAUUCCCGGCGACAGACAGUAGAACGGACGAAGAGAUCGAGAAGGAGAGGAGGGAGAGAGGGUAUUCGACCUGGACGGCUAAACAUCGCCCUAGCUUUAUUACUAUCGCCCUAACUUUAAAACAUAAAACUACCAAAUUAUCCUUCAUUAUUCAAUAAAACAAACCGCCCUAAAUCCUUUAUCCUCUCAACACCGCCAAACCCGUCCCUCCAGACUCCAAAUACCUUUCGCCGCCGCUUCUCUCCACCAUCUUCUACGCUUUUUCUCCCUGAUUUGCCGUUGGCACUACCCAAGUUAUUCUCCCUACCGUCGCUAUGCCCUACUCCUGUUAGAGUUAGUCGAUAGAGUUGUAAUACGACAUCGAUGGGAGAAGUAUAAUAUAAAGAUGGAGACUUUUGGAAGAUUAAUUAAUUAAUUAAUUUUAUAUUAAUUAAUUAACGUUUGAAUAUUGU